UAUUUUCAGAAGGUGGAAAUAUUCGGUAGUAUUCGUCAUCGGCCUUAAUCAUGACGUCUCAAAUUUCGAAGAAAAGGAAGUUCGUCGCCGAUGGUGUCUUCAAGGCGGAGUUGAACGAAUUUCUAACUCGAGAACUCGCCGAGGAUGGUUACAGCGGCGUGGAGGUUCGUGUCACUCCAACCCGUACGGAGAUCAUCAUUUUGGCCACCAGAACGCUUAAUGUGCUCGGAGAACGUGGUCGUCGAAUCCGCGAACUGACUUCCGUUGUGCAGAAGAGGUUUGACUUUCCCGAAAACUCGGUUGAGUUGUACGCCGAAAAGGUGGCCACUCGCGGUUUGUGUGCCAUCGCUCAAGCUGAAUCUCUCCGAUACAAGCUGAUCGGAGGUCUUGCUGUGCGACGAGCAUGCUACGGGGUCCUCCGUUUCAUCAUGGAGAGCGGUGCCAAGGGCUGCGAAGUGGUUGUGUCAGGCAAGCUUCGUGGUCAGCGAGCGAAGUCGAUGAAAUUCGUUGACGGGCUUAUGAUUCACAGCGGUGAGCCGACGAACGAUUACGUCGACACUGCAGUGCGUCACGUUUUGCUUCGUCAAGGUGUGUUGGGUAUUAAGGUGAAGAUCAUGUUGCCGUGGGACCCGAACGGCAAGGACGGCCCGAAGCAUCCAUUGCCAGACAAUGUGGUCAUCGCUGAACCUAAGGAAGAUGUCAUCCCCGAUGGCUCUUAUUUCCCGAAGCCUCCAGUCGCGGAAGCAUCGAGUGUGAAGCCGGAAGAAGCGUGAAAUUAGUUUGCGGUGUAAGAGUGACCCUCCGGUAACGGGAGAUUAAAAAUCACGCGGAUUGA